CAAUCACUUUACUCUCACCAAUUCUACAAAUUCGUCGAUCCCGGUUUGGUUAAGGUAAACGUGUACACUGAGGAUCUCAAAGCAGUUGAUAUAAAGAUACAAGUUGCAGAUAUUUUAGGGCAACCAAUUAUGACCAAGAUCGAAAGUGUCUUGAUCAAGGAUAUUAAAUUUUCCCAAGAAUUACAGGCUUCUCUUUCAUCAGCCGCUCAACAAAAGAGAAUUGGUGAGAGUAAAGUGAUUGCUGCGCAAGCAGAGG